AUGGACUCGCAACCUGCCGACCCCGAGGCAGUCGCACCAGUUGCGACCGACGCGAGGGCAGAUGUCGGGGACAUGCAGCUGUUGGCACGGAUGGGCUACAAACAGGAACUUCGUCGGCAGUAUUCCACCCCGCAGGUUUUCGCAAUCGCAUUCAGCAUCAUGGGCCUAGUGCCUUCAAUCGCGUCGACCCUCUCGUUCUCCCUCCCCACGGGUCCGGUCGGCAUGGCUGAUCUCGCGUCUGCCAUGCCGACAGCUGGAGGACUAUAUUGGUGGACACAUUACUUCGCUGGACCGAAGUGGAAGAGCCCAUUGAGUUUCUUAAUCGGAUAUAGCAACACUUUGGGCCUGAUCGGUGGGAUGUGUUCGGUGGACUAUACCCUCGCGCUCAUGAUCCUCUCCUGCGUCUCGAUAUCACGGGGAGAUGGUUGGACCGCAUCGCGCGGCGUCAUCUAUGCUGUUUACGUCGGCUUAAUUAUCUUCCACGGGCUAUGCGGCUCCUUAGGCGGACGCCUGAUGCCGAAAAUCCAGACAUUUUGCAUCUACAUCAACAUUGCCCUCGUUGUUGCGACUGUAAUCGCUUUGCCCAUUGGAAAAGUGACAAGAGGCGGGUCCCUCAACUCUGGCCAUUAUGUCUAUGGUCAUAUCGAUAAUAAGACUACAUGGCCGACCGGAUGGGCAUUUAUGUUGGCAUGGCUCGCUCCGAUCUGGUCAAUUGGCUCAUUUGAUUCUUGUGUGCACAUGAGCGAAGAAGCUAUGCAUGCAUCCAAGGCUGUUCCUCUUGGAAUCAUCUGGUCGGCGGGCUCUGCAUUUGUUCUUGGCUUCUUGGUGCUGUCCGUCAUUGCUGCUACUAUGAACCCAGAUGUCAGUGCAACAAUCAGCACCAAGUUUGGUCAGCCAAUGGCCCAGAUCUACUAUGACGCAUUAGGUAGAGAUGGGGCUUUGGCAUUUAUGGCUGUACUCUGCAUAGUUCAGUUCCUCAUCGGUCUCAGCUUGAUUGUCGCUGCUUCUCGCCAAGCAUGGGCCUUUUCUCGUGACGGCGCACUGCCGUUUUCUAGGUUCUUCCGCCAUGUCAGUAAGCGCAUUCAGUACCAACCAGUUCGCAUGAUCUGUGGAUUAGUGGUUGUCUCUAUUCUGCUGGGCCUGCUGUGCCUGAUCAACUCAGCAGCCGCAAACGCCCUAUUCUCGCUAUUUGUAGCAAGCAACUAUCUAUCAUGGGGCACCCCGAUCUUCUGCCGCUUGGUCUGGGGCGAGGAACGGUUCACCCCUGGGGAGUUCUAUAGCGGCUCCUUCAGUAGGCCUAUUGCCUGGGUGGCCGUUGUAUAUCUUCUUUUUGGUGUUAUCUUGUCUAUGUUCCCAACUGAGGGUCCCAGUCCAACUUCGUCAAACAUGAACUACACUAUCGUAAUCAACGGCUUUGUUUGGUUCGGGUGUAUGGCUUAUUAUUUCCUUUUCGCACGGCGAUGGUACAUUGGACCUCAGAUGACUGUUGCCGAGAGUGCUUCUACUGCUUCGGACAAUAUCGUUGUCCCCUCUCCCAGUCACUCAACUGCUCAUUAUGGGGAUUGGGAAAAGAGCUUUGAGAGCGUCAUCCAAACCUUGAGCCAGGGAGUCGGACAUAGUAGGCCCAGCCAGAUGCCCUACGGCAAAGCCGUUUUUCUUGGUCUACGAUGGAGCAAUGAUGACCUGGACCUGGCCAAAUCUCAAGCUGCACUUCUAGAGACAUUUCGGACACAAUGUGGAUUCGACACGGAUAGUUUGCCUAUCCCCUCAACCUCUAGCGAGGAGGCAUUGGCAGCGAUAGAUGAUACAAUUUUUAAACUCCGUCAGAAAUAUGAAAUGAAUAGUCAUAUUAAUUAUCCUCGCCAUCGAUGUAGAUUAUUUGUGAUACACUAUCUCGGCCAUGGUGUAUCUGAAACAGAACGGAAGUUUGAAAUCUGUCUUAGUGGAACCCGCAAUCCUGAUGCUAUUAGAAUCCAGUGGUCUUCCAUCGAUAUUCGUAUGAAGGCAGACGUUCUCGUUCUCGUCGAUACCUCCUACUCUGGAAGCUUUCUCCAGUCAUGUCACAGCCUACAAAGGAUAUUGCAGUGCAAUGAACGUACCGCUGAGUACCUGUUCUCAACAGGCAACGAGAUUUCCGAUCAGAACGGCCCCACCUACGAUGUUAACAACAAUUUCAUGACCCGUCUGACACAACUUCUAAACACUGCGUCACUAGCACCGGUUACUGUUGUGCAACUUCAUGAAGCUCUCUGUACCCAAGCCAAUGACCCAAGUACCAAGCUGCGCUAUACUCCUCAAUACAUGGACUGUCGCAAACCAUCAAUCACCCUCCAGCAUAUCAAUAAUUACGCACGGAGAAUAGAAAACCCGACAAUCAAGACACAAAUACCUACGGGGCGUGUCCAUAUUUCCAUAUCUGUUUUGGGGAAUAUAGAUCCCGGCCAAGUCAAACACUGGCAGAAGUCGCUAUCAAAAAUGGACGCCGAUGUGAGUAUUGAAGGUGUGUUUGCUCUUCAGGGCUGCUCUCUCUGUCUUCUAUCAAUGCCCAUCUCGUCGUGGGAUAGUUUCCUACACCCAGGUGCUGACGGCCUCUUCGUAGCCACGCUACCCGAGAGAUCGAAGGAGCAAGCGUAUGUAGACUAUGUAAUGCUCUCCGACACGGAGGAGUGA